UGUUGAUGGUUGAAUUGAAAUUUUUCUGAACUUUGCUUUUGCUCAUUGGUUGUGGAACUAAAUUUGAUUAGUCAUUUGGCAAUCGUUUUUCGCUGCGGACGAAGACUAUUGCGUCCAUAAUUAUUUCUAUGCGGUGAUUUGUAACAUUCUGUUGAAAAGCCGCGUUUGGCAGAGCGAUCAUGGGGAAAUUAUUAUUCCUCCUCUUCGUGUGCAUUACCGCUUGUGCGGCAGAUUUUAUGAGAAUACCUCUGUACCGGUUUCGGAGCGUACGGCAGCACCUGCACGAGGUGGGCACGGAGCUGGCGGCGCUGCGCAUGAAGUUCGCGGCGCGCGGGCCGGCGCCCGAGCCGCUCUCCAACUACCUCGAUGCGCAGUACUACGGGCCCAUCACCAUCGGCUCGCCGCCGCAGAGCUUCAAGGUGGUGUUCGACACCGGCUCCUCCAACCUGUGGGUGCCGUCCAAGAAGUGCCACUACACCAACAUCGCCUGCCUGUUGCACAACAAGUAUGACAGCAACAAAUCGAAGACCUACAUCAAGAACGGCACGGAGUUCGCCAUCCACUACGGCUCCGGCAGCCUCUCCGGCUUCCUGUCCACCGACGACGUCACCGUGGGCGGCAUCCGCGUGCAGAAGCAGACGUUCGCGGAGGCGCUGUCGGAGCCCGGGCUGGCCUUCGUGGCCGCCAAGUUCGACGGCAUCCUCGGCAUGGCCUUCAGCAGCAUCUCGGUGGACGGCGUGACGCCCGUGUUCGACAACAUGGUGCGCCAGGACCUGCUCAAGCCCGUGUUCUCCUUUUACCUGAAUAGGGACCCGGCGGCGGCGCAGGGCGGCGAGAUCAUCCUGGGCGGCUCGGACCCGGCGCACUACCGCGGCAACUUCACGUACGUGCCCGUCACGCGCGCCGCCUACUGGCAGUUCCGGAUGGACGGCGUGCGCGCCGGCGACCACGCCUUCUGCGCCAACGGCUGCCAGGCGAUCGCGGACACGGGCACGUCGCUGAUCGGCGGGCCGGCGGCCGAGGUGGCGGCGCUGAACCAGGCGCUGGGCGCGUCGCCGAUGGCGUUCGGCCAGUACGUGUUCGACUGCGCGCUCGUGCCGCGCCUGCCGCCCGUGUCCUUCAGCCUCGCCGGCGCCACCUUCACGCUCGACGGCGCCGACUACGUGCUGCGGGUGUCGCAGUUCGGCAAGACGGUGUGCCUGUCGGGCUUCAUGGGGCUGGACAUCCCGCCGCCCAACGGGCCGCUGUGGAUCCUGGGCGACGUGUUCAUCGGCAAGUACUACACCGAGUUCGACGUGGCCAACAAGCGCGUGGGCUUCGCGCCCGCCGUCUGACCGCCCGGCCGCGGCCGUCGCGUUAGGUACUCGAGCCUGACCGCCAUCGAAUUUGUUUUGUAGAAGGGAUAUUUUUGUCAAUUCCAUCGGUUCACUCCGGACACCAACCUAUGAUAAUUAUUAUUAUGUGCUUUGUAUCAUUUCUAUGUAAGUAGUGGAAGUAGAAUUCCCUCAUAGUAGAUUAGAUGUAUGUGUAGUUAGUAUACUAUAAUGGUAGAUUCAUCGUAGCUCCUCACAUACAAGUAUGUCACAGAUAUGUAUUUUAUAUAAUCAUGCUAGUUUUAGAUGCAGAUACACUAGUUUGUAUAUUUUGAUAACCAAAGAAAUGUAAGACAUUUUCAACAUAAAUUUAUAUGCUAUGCAUCAGUUUAUUCCUAUAAUGUGAUUUAAAUUUUUACUUUUUACUCUGCAAUAAGAUGUUGCUAGAAUUUAUGUUUAAUC